AUGACACCGGCGGGAGAAAAGGGGGCACAAUUCACGUGGAGAGAAGCCUCAUCGAUUGCUAUGAACGGAAUUUACAGACGGGUUCCAUGCAACUGGGCAUCGGCAUCCUCGGAAGGAGACGGAAUCCCGGAAAUACACUUGGGCUCAACCAUCCCGGAUCUGCAUUUAGUUACCCAAGCGUUCUCCACUGGUCAGAACUAUUAUAUCAAAAUGUACCUCAAGGCAUUCGUCGCUCUUUUGGCUUUCGGGGGCCAAGCAUGCGUCGCUCGCAAUGCUCCCUAUUUGACCCCCACGACCAACCGCACCACCGCGUCAACAUCAACAGUCUUUCAACUUGACAAGAAUAAUACAUGGUUUGAGAACCUCGUGGUCCGGCCCAACGGAAGCCUUCUGGCAACACGCCUGGACGUGCCAGACCUUUGGUCCAUCUCUCCCGGUUCCAACAACUCUGCAGGAUCUGGUCGCCCACUGUACACCUUUCCCAACGCCUCUAGCCUCGUUGGCAUUGCUCAGGUCGACAUCGACACUUACAUCGUCGUCGCCGGAAAUGUCUCACUGUCGACCUUCACGGCCGCCCCCUCCUCCUUCGCAAUCUGGACCAUCGACCUUACGGAUUCUGACGCUCCCGUGGCUCGCCGCAUCACACAUAUGCCGGAAGCGGAUUUCCUGGACGGUAUAACCCGCUUCAAUAAAGAUAUUUUCUUGAUAGCCGACACGGCCAAGGGAGAAAUCUGGCGCCUCAACAUUACUAACGGGGAUUACUCGACCGAUAUUUCGAAGAGCGUGCUGUUACCCGCCUCCUCGGCUAGUAACAAGAUCGGGGUCAACGGACUCAAGGUCCGAAAAGGAUACGUCUAUUUCACGAGCACCACCAAGGCGAUUUAUGGGCGGAUUCCAGUCAACAAGGAUGCGAUUCAAGUAGGUCCUGUGGAGAUUAUCACGAGCGGAUUCACCCUUGACGACUUCUAUUUGGCGCAAGAUGGGAGGGCGUACCUCGCUACCAAUAGUGAAAACCGGCUGUUCGAGGUGUCGCCCCUUGGUGAGGUGCUCCUUGUCGCAGGCGGGUUGAAUGAAUUGACGGUCGCGGGAUUAACCGCUGUGGCGAGCAGUCAAGAUGGAAAAACCCUGUAUGUUACCACGAAUGGGGGUAUGUCUUCGCCAGUUUCUUGUGCCUUAGUUGAGCCGGCAAAGAUCGUGGCUGUGAGGAUUGAGUGA